UCUAUUCGAAACUGACGAUGGAGUAGACACUUUUAGCCUUAUAUCCUUGUUUUAUUCUGUUAUUCCUCCUCCGUUUUAUGUUUGAUGAACUCUUAAGGAUAUUUUACGUGUCCUGGAUGGACGUUGGUAGCUAACAAGCGUCAUGUUUAAGUGUAUUCCGUUAUUCAAGGCGUGCAAUCGCCAGGUCGAAUAUAUCGAUAGGCGACACUGCAACCUUACUGAUGUUCCAGAUGAUGUUUUAAGAUACACACGUAGUUUGGAAGAAUUGCUUUUAGAUGCUAAUCAGCUAAAGGACCUUCCUAAGGGAUUUUUUCGCUUGGUACAGUUGAAGAAAUUGAGUUUAAGUGACAAUGAAAUAUGUCGAUUAUCGUCAGAUGUGGCCAGUUUUACCAACCUCAUGGAAAUGGAUGUCAGCAGAAAUGACAUCUGUGACAUUCCUGAAAACAUCCGAUUCUGCAAGAAUCUCCAGGUCCUUGAUAUCAGCAGUAACCCAUUUUCAAGACUACCCAAUGGAUUUACGCAGCUUCGGAACUUGACACAUUUGGGACUGAAUGACGUCUUGCUAGAGCGACUUCCUCAUGAUUUUGGCAGUUUAACAGGACUUAUCUCCCUUGAACUGAGAGACAACAACAUCAAAACCCUACCACAGUCCAUCUCACUUUUGUGCAAACUUGAAAUCCUUGAUCUCGGCAGCAAUGAAAUUGAAGAACUGCCUGCUAUCAUUGGGUCCCUGUCCAGUCUACAGGAACUGUGGUUGGACUGUAAUGAACUUGCAGAACUUCCACCGGAAAUUGGGAACCUGAAAAAGCUGACUCAGAUUGAUGUCUCAGAAAAUCAGCUCGACUACCUACCUGAAGAGAUUGAUGGCCUUUGUAACCUUACUGACCUGGCACUGUCGCAGAACAAUCUAGAAUCACUUCCAGAAGGCAUAGGGAGCCUGAAGAAACUGUCCAUCCUGAAGGCUGAUCAGAAUCGUCUGUUGGUGCUUACUCCACAGAUAGGAAACUGUGAGAUGUUACAGGAAAUGAUUCUCACUGAAAACCUGUUAAACGAACUACCAGUAACUAUAGGUCGUUUAAAGAACCUGUCCAAUUUCAAUGUAGACCGAAACAAGUUGACGGAAAUCCCUGUUGAGAUUGGGAGGUGCUUGCGUCUAAAUGUGUUUUCUAUGCGCGACAAUCGACUUCUCCGUCUUCCUCAGGAACUGGGAAAUCUGAAAGAACUGCAUGUCCUUGAUGUGUCUGGUAACAGACUGGAAUAUCUGCCUAUUACAGUUACUAAUCUCAACCUCAAGGCACUCUGGUUGGCAGAAAAUCAAGCCAAGCCAAUGCUCAAGUUCCAGACAGACUUCGAUGAGCGAACUGGACAACGUGUUUUGACCUGUUUCCUGCUACCACAGCAAGAUUUUCACACAGAGAGCAUGGGUAGGUCAUUACCUAAUAUGGUUAUGGUUCCGCCCAUUGUGGGCAGGUCAUUGCCAAAUAUGGUCAUGAAACCGCCUCCUGUGGAAUUUCACAGUUCUGGUAGGUGCAUUACAAUCACAUGGAAGUUAAGAGACAGAAAGGAAGAGGGACCAAACAGGAUAGUUGUAGAAGUUAGAGACAGAAAGGAAGAGGGACCUCACGGGAUUGUUGUAGAAGUUAGAGACAGAAAGCAAGAGGGACCUAACGGGAUUGUUGUAGAAGUUAGAGACAGAAAGCAAGAGGGACCUAACGGGAUUGUUGUAGAAGUUAGAGACAGAAAGCAAGAGGGACCUAACGGGAUUAUUGUAGAAGUUACAGACAGAAAGCAAGAGGGACCUAACGGGAUUGUUGUAGAAGUUAGAGACAGAAAGCAAGAGGGACCUAACGGGAUUGUUGUAGAAGUUAGAGACAGAAAGCAAGAGGGACCUAACGGGAUUGUUGUAGAAAGCAUUUUUGUAAGGCAUGACACUCCGCAUCCCAAGGAGCUGAAAGCACGUCACCCCAAGUUCAACAAGAAUAAGGUACAAGGCAUUGAUGGGCAUGUGAUUCCACACCAACAGGAGAAGAAGGAUCAGGCAUUCAUGCCUGCACGUGAUCGUGACAGUGACUUCCUUUGGCAGCAGGACCAGCCAGAGGACCUUUCAGAACCACGCGACAAGACAUCAAAGCGUGUUCAAAUCGGAGGAGAAGAGGAAGUCAAACCUGAGGAGCCCAUCACAGAAACUGUACCCCCAGUUAUCAAAGCUCCAGAACUAGUUGGUCCACCUCGCCAUGAGAGUCAAACCCAGGAGAUCAGCGAGGAGGAAGAGUCCCCCACAGAGACCGCUCCACUGAUCCGUGAAGUCACGGUAACUGAGCCGGUGUUCAUCCCUGAGGAGCAGUACAAUGGAGGGGUAGAAGAGGAAGAGGCUGAUGAUUCAGAUGAGGAGCAGAGGAGUUUUGAGGAGUAUGAUUCUGAUGAUGACGAUAUUUAUCGUCCCCGGAAGGUCGGAUUUGACCCAGAGAUUGAAGAGCAUCCAGAUCGUAAGAUUGGACUUCGCCGAAGGGACACUCCUCAUCACAGGAAAAACAAACGUAUCAUACACAACGAGGAAACCAAGGAAAAGGUGUUGGAGAUUCUGGCUCAGGCCGCAGCUCAAAAGGAACAGACAGUGGCACCUGUGAAACUAGAGCCUAUCGAGGGUCUCAGACUACCAAGUGUCAAUGACAGUCUCCACAGUAAGACACAGGAGGAGAAAUUCUCAAUUCACAUACUUCGGCAGAAGGGCCAGGGACUGGGCAUUAGUAUCGCCGGAGGCAAGGGCUCUACUCCAUACAAAGGGGACGAUGAGAGUAUUUUCAUAUCCCGUGUGACGGAUGAAGGGCCUGCUGGGAAAGCAGGUGUUCGAACAGGAGAUAAACUAAUUUCGGUAAAUGGAGUGAACCUAGUCGAGGCUGAUCACUAUGAUGCUGUUGAUGUGCUCAAAACUGCAGGAAACGAUAUCACUAUGGUUUUAAGUAGGGAGUUACCUCUCCCUGAAACUGAGUCAGUAACACCAGAGGUUGCUUUAUCAGAAAGUUCAGAUGAGAAGAAGCCAGGGUUUGCCACAGUGACAUUUGAACAAGCACCAGACACAGAGGUGUUUGGAGAGACAAUCAAAACCAUUUUGAAACGAGACGAGAAUGGGCUGGGAUUCAGCAUUGCAGGUGGCAGAGGCUCAGUACCAUUCAAGGGAAACGAUCAGCAAGUGUAUACCUUCCUCGAGGCUAUCUACAUUUCGCGUGUGACAGAAGGAGGAGCCGCGGCCAAGGACGGUAACCUCAAAGUCGGCGACAGGAUUAUUUCGAUAAACAAUGUAGAUAUGCAGGAUGCCCGUCACGACCAAGCAGUAUCGUUGUUGACUGGAGUAGAUAACUUUAUCAACCUUGUCGUGUAUCGGGAGAAAGUCAUUCCAAAGGAGGAGGCUGUUGUAAAUCCACCCAGUGGUGAACGUCUCAAAACGAUGACCCAGCCCCUCAUUACAUGGAACGAAUCAUCUCCACCAGCCGAGAAAGAAGAUACAAUCAUCGUCAGUCAAUCGCCAGUGAUGACAGUGUCACCAUCACCAGGGUUACCAAGUCCUAGCCCGUAUUCGUCAGCAAUCCCUUCUUCAUACACAUAUCCCAGUCCUCCGAGUGCCAGCAUUUCCUCUGCAGACUUUUCUGGUACACCCCCUCCCCUCCCUGAUGUCCCACCCCCUCCAAUCUCCCCUGACAACAAAGCCACUCCAUACACGCCUCUCACCACCUCUCCUGCGGCUAGCCCUCGUAUCUCCAGCGAAUGGUCAUCAAAACCAACUACAGUGCAGCCGCCAAAAUUUGUGUAUCCCGGAUUUAAUCGGAAUUCACGGACAUCUGUAGAAAAUAAGAACAAAGACAUUAUGGAGCCAACAUCUCCUCCACUUCCUCCACCACCACCAUCACCCCCACAAACACUGCAACAAACAUCUGUGUUAAAUUCAAGUGACAGUCAAAGUGAGGCUGAUAAAGCAGCCAAUCAGACAAUUACUGUGAGUCAUCAGAACUCAUGUGACAAUCUGCCAAAUGAUGUAUCAAGUAAGUUUCCCAUGGAGGAUAUAACCAUAGUGAAGGCAGGCGGCCCUCUCGGACUUUCUAUUGUUGGGGGCAGUGAUCACGCCAGUCAUCCAUUUGGUCUAGAUGAGCCAGGUAUAUUUGUAUCAAAAAUUGUUCCUGAUGGUGCUGCAUCUAAAACAGCGUUAAAAAUUGGUGAUAGGCUUUUAAUGGUAAAUGGUAAAGAUGUUACCGAAGUGACACACCAGGAGGCGGUCAUGCUUUUAAUAUCUCCAACGUAUGAAAUUAAUCUCCGUGUUCGACAUGACCCUCCUCCCAGUGGUCUUCAUGAAUUAAUCAUUUUUAAGAAGCCAGGUGAAAACUUAGGAAUGAGUAUUAAAGGUGGUGUAAAAAACUUUGCCCAGGGUUCAGGAGGAAAGGCGGAUGAAGGGACCUUUAUAUCUAGGAUUCAUGAUCAUGGAGCUGUAAGUCGGGAUGGCAGACUGAAGAUGGGACAAAGGAUUCUUGAGGUAAACGGGCAGAGUCUCCUGGGCUCAACUCAUCAGGAGGCAGUACGAGCACUGCGGAGUGUCGGGGACAAGAUGGUGAUCAUGGUUUGUGAUGGGGAUGAUUCCUCAUUGUCAGAUGUCCAAUCGCCUGACUCGCCAAACGCUCCCAUGACCUUUAACCCUUCGUCCAACCGUGACUCUGUAUCUAGUAUAGAUGUUGAGGAUGAAGAAACAGCCAUCAUUAAAAAGGAACAAGAUGCAAUUGAAGAGGCUCAGCGCUGGGAAAAGGAGGAAGAGGAAUUGAGGAACAAGCUGUUAAAGGAAAGAGAAGAAGCGUUGAAGGAAGAAAAUCAAUUACCUGACAACAACCAGAAUACAGAAAUCAGCACCUCUACUCUAACCUCAGAAACUGUGAUGAAACAAGUGCCUCAGGAAAAGCCACCGGUCGCCAAAAAACCGGAUGUCGUCCCUGUGACGAACCCAAAAUUAAGUGAACCACAAAGGUCCUUUUCUCAGAUGAAGAAUUAUUUUGAGAAAGAAAUGCAAGAGACGACAACCGCCAAUCAGCCUCCUUCCAAACAGUUCAGCUACCUAUCAGAACACGAGUUGGAACGGAUGAAGAUGGAGGAAGAGAAAAAAGCCAACAGCAUGUCUAAAGAGGAACUCCUGUCCAGUGUUACCGGCAAUGUAGGCAGUUCUUCACAAGAACAGGAGUACAACCAAGUGCUUUCCAGUCCUAGCGGCAGUGUGGUGCGUACCGCAAAGGCCGAGAAACGUAUGCAAGACCGACUGGCAGCUGAGGGGUCGGUGGGACCCGCAGGUGACCCUGUCUCACCUGCUGAGGAACGCCAGCUUCAGGCAGAGAAAAGGGCAGCAUGGCGAAAGGCUAGGAUGAAGUCUCUAGAAGAAGAUGCCAUGAAAGCACAAGCUGUGAUCGCCCGAGCACAGGAAAUGCAUCACGAACUCACCUCUAGUGGAGAUGCUGACAAAGCUGAUGGUCCCAUAAGUCAUAAUGGCGAACAGUCCCUCUGUAUUGGGGACAAAGUUCUGACUUUGAGUCGAGUUGAGGGCGACAAAGCUGUUAGGGAAUCAUCACGAUUAUUGGACGAAAGGGUCAGUGAAAAAACUAUCGCUGUUCAAGAUGAAGCUACUGGCAAAAUGUGCUUUCGUACGAUUCAAGUUGUAGAGAAAAUUAUCGAACAUGAGGUCGAGGUCACUCAAAAAAAUAUCAUGGAGUUUAAUCUUGAGGACUCUACAACUGGCCGGCUGGGGGUCAGUGAAGGGUCAUAGGGCAGGAGGUCAUAGUUCAGAGGCUGUAUCCAGAGAGGUUCAGUAACAGUAACUGGAUAUAUAGAUGCUAAUACCCCCAAAAAACAAAAGUGAGCAGCUCCCUGCCACAUGUACCAGACAUGCCUAUUCCGAGGACAGGGUCAGCAGGAAGGCCAGAGGUGACGUGUGUGCUGUGUGGACCGUCCUAUGUGUCGAGCCAAGGCCGGACUUGUUAUGGAGAUGGAAACCUAUAGCGACAAUGUGUGAUGUCAUUAUUCUUCAUACCAAUGUUUUAUUUUAUCAGACUCAUUAACCAUGGCUUACAUAACAAAAAUCAUGCCAGAUUGUCAAAUUGUUCAAGGAUUCCUUAAUGGAAGGUGGCAAUAAUUAUGCAGAGUGGAAUUUCUAUAAAUUUCCAGAACCAAAGACGUCAAUUGAUCUUGAUCUUCUUUUUUUUUUUUUUUUUUCAAUGAUAUUGUGAUCAAGAAAAUUUCCAAUCCGACCUGUGUUUUCUUGACAUGUUAUAUAAUGUCAGUACUUGGAAAUGAAAAGUGAGCCCUGAACAGUCUCCUCACUUGGGUCCAAAUGCAUCAUGAAACAUCUGAUGAAAUGUGAAGGACUCAGGCUGUGGGUUGUCUUCAGUGAGGAGUCAUAGUUCUAGGAAGUUCUUGACAGAUUGGAGAUAAUAUAAAAUUUCUAACAAUUCAGCCAUUCAGAAUUCUGAUCAAUAGAAUAAAGAAAUGGCUAGGUCAUCACACUUGGGAGCUUGCUCACAAUGAAAGUUCCCCAGGUACAUCAUGCUGUGGAGAAGAGGCAUUCGUGCAAUUUCUAAAUAUGUUCAAACCGAGGAGUGAAAAUAUUUUACGGGAAAGACUGGUAUUGUUGAUUCUAUGUUAGGAUGUAUUUGUACAGAGAAUUAUAUACACAUAUUUAGCACGUGAUAAAUACUGGAUGGUUGAACUAGUAUCUAAAAAGGUUCUGUCGUCAUCCUGUUUUAACCUUAUAUUAUAAAUUGUAGAUUAAUUUUAAGUUAUAUCCUUUUCAACAUGGUGUUUUAAUUUUUAGCUAUUAUUUACAGGCGUUGGUCAUUGUUUUAAGAUUCUGAUGGAUUUUAAUUUAAGCACGUUUACAACCGUAAUUUAACUGAUUUUGAAUUGUAAAUUAUUUUGUUAUAUUAUAAUCUGUUGUACAAUAACUUAUUGACAUAUCUACAAUUAGGUUUUCAAACAUGUAUCUCCAAGGUUUUAAAAUUUGGACAGAAAGGCAGACUUUAUUGAUAUCAGAACAAAACUUUUAAGAUGUUGAACCAGAAAAUCAAAGUUUUUCUAGAGGUCUUUUUAUAGGUUUAAAAUGCUUUUCAAAUUUGAGUACUGAUUAAUUUAAUUGAUAUUUUCAGUAUGACUUGCUAGUGUUUGCUUAUCAGCUUAUUUCUGAAAUCAAUCAUUUUUAUUCCCAUCCUCAAACUAAGGAACUCCUUUCAUGGGCUUUGUGCAAAAGUAGUAGAAUGUUUGAUCACAGUUUUUAUAGGAGUAAAGAUGUUUUUAGUAUCGGAUUUUAUUAAUGAAUGUAGAGUAUUCAUACAAGUCUUUGGCUGACCUUUGUGUCAUGUCAAUAAUCAGUAUUCAGCAUAGUAUAUCAUCCUUGGCAUAUCUUGUUUCAACGUUUUGUAACUAUUAUUUGUUUUAUUUCACAAUCUCUUAUUUCACAGUAUCUCCAAAAGUCCGUGUUUCAUGUCAAUUUUCAUUUUUAUCUUUGAUUUUUUGCUUCUUUUUUUUUUUUUAAUAAUGUCUGACCUGUCCUCUAGACUCAAGAAAUAUUGAGACUCAAAUUAUUUCACAUAGUAUAUCAUUCCUUCCUUCUGUUGAGCUGUUGUACAAUAAGUGGCAGUGGAAUAAAAGUUAUUUUCCCUUGUUUGGAUUGGGACAGAGUUUGUUAACUUUGAUGCAUACGUUCUUGCCUAUUACUCUGUGAAGUCUUACCUCGUGACUAAAAUUAACUUUUUAAUUGAAUAAGUUCAGGAAAAUGCCAGCCUCAAGAUAAAAUCUGUGAUUUUCUAUAAGAAUAAAUGUUAUGAAAAUAGACUGUUAUCCAAUGUUGUGUGGUGUUUCUGUGAUGGUGUGAGAAGAACAUUCAUACAAGGCAGGACUAGCCCAUAAGCCAGUGAACAUCCAUUAAUGCGACUUUCUGUGUUGCUAGUCAUAAAGUGUACUCUAAAAAAAUCCCAUCCAGCCAACAUAAGUUCUUAAUGUUUUACUGGGUGUAAGAAUUAUGUUUAGUGUGAGUGGGGAUUGGGGUAGAGCUAACUCUCUUGUUAAGCGAGAUACAGUGAUGAAAUAUGUUAGUACGAUAAAAUAUGAUAGUAUUAUACCUAUUUGUUGGUGAUUGACCAGAUCAUGUAAAAACAAAUCGUUUUCGUUUGUAGUCUUUCUUAAUUGCUUGUGAUAUGUGAUUUUAUUGUUUCAACAUGUUGGUUUGAAAAGACAAUUGUGAGUUAUAUGAUGAAGUUGGAAGUAGACAUUUAACAUAUCUUACAAGGCUUUCCAUGGCUACAGUUUCUAUGUUUAGAUUAUAGGGUUCUGUGGUACUGUUAAUGAUUUCUCUUCUUUACACAAACUUCCACUCUGUUCUGCUCAUUGUAGACCAUGGAGUUGUUCUGGUCUUGGUCGCCAGUAGACCGUGGAGUUGUUCUGGUCUUGGUCGUCAGUAGACCGUGGAGUUCUGGUCUUGGUCGCCAGUAGACUGUGGAGUUGUUCUGGUCUUGGUCGCCAGUAGACAGCAGAGUUGUUCUGGUCUUGGUUGCCAGUAGACCAUGGAGUUGUUCUGGUCUUGGUCGCCAGUAGACAGUGGAGUUGUUCCAGGCUUGGUCGCCAUUAGACUGUGGAGUUGUUCCAGUCUUGGUUGCUUGUAGACAGUGGAGUUUUUCUAGUCUAGGUCACCAAUAGACAGUGGAGAUGUUCUGGUCUUGGUCACCAGUAGACAGUGGAGUUGUUCCAGUCUUUGCCACCAGUAGACAGUGGAGUUAUUCCAGUCUUUGUCACCAGUAGACUGUGGAGUUGCUCUGGUCUUGGUCACCAGUAGACAGUGGAGUUAUUCCAGUCUUGGUCACUAGUAGACAGUGGAGUUAUUCCAGUCUUGGUCACCAGUAGACAGUGGAGUUUUUCUAGUCUUGGUCACCAAUAGACAGUGGAGUUGUUCCAGUCUUUGUCACCAGUAGACAGUGGAGUUAUUCCAGUCUUGGUCACCAGUAGACAGUGGAGUUAUUCCAGUCUUGGUCACCAGUAGACAGUGGAGUUGUUCCAGUCUUGGUCACCAGUAGACAGUGGAGUUGUUCCAGUCAUGGUCACCAGUAGACAGUGGAGUUAUUCCAUUCUUGGUCACCAGUAGACAGUGGAGUUGUUCCAGUCUUGGUCACCAGUAGACAGUGGAGUUGUUCCAGUCUUGGUCACCAGUAGACUGUGGAGUUGUUCCAGUCUUGGUCACCAGUAGACAGUUGAGUUGUUCCAGUCUUGGUCACCAGUAGACUGUGGAGUUGUUCCAGUCUUGGUCACCAGUAGACAGUGGAGUUAUUCCAGUCUUGGUCACCAGUAGACUGUGGAUUUAUUCCAGUCUUAGUCACCAGUAGACAGUGGUGCUAUUCCAGUCUUGGGCAUGAGGAGACCUGUGUCUUGGUUGCAAGUAGACAGUGGAGUUGUUCUCGUCUUGUUCGCCAUUAGACCAAUGGAAUAUUUUGUGUAGGAAGAAUUUUAAUGUGUUCCUUCAUGUUAGAUAUACUUUAGACUUGUUUUCCUGUUUGAGAAUAUCACUUGAUUUAAUUUGUCACAAAUGUUUAAACAUGUCUAAAGUUAUAAUGAAUAAUUAUCAGCCGUAGAAGAUGGUCGUUAUGUAUUUAACACAUUAAUUUUUGCUGUUAGAAAAUUACAACAUUAGCCAAACAACCUAACCUCUCCCAAGCAUAACUGUCAAAAGUCAUCUGUUCAUACCAGAUAUUUCAGCUCAUGAUGAAUAUAUCAGUUACAUCUGAAUAUAUAUGACAAUCUCCCUAUGUCUGAUAUGUUCAUCAAAUGAAAUAUCUGAUGUCAUAACUAUACAUCUUAUUUUGAGUGGCUAAGGAAUGGUGUAGUAACAUCAAACUCAUACACAAAAUAACCAUGAAAGGCAGCCAAUUGUGAAAUUCUGUAAUGCACAGCUUGGCCAGGUACAAGGUCUAAUCGCCAGACUGAAAUCAUCAGUAUUGACAGGUAUGCUUUAGAGAAGAAGUUUGUUUUUUUAUUGAAAGAUAUCAAUAGAAAAUAUUUUGUGUUUAUUUACAUUGAAAAAAGUAUAUUUCUGUUGAUAUUCAACCUCUCAUCCCUCUGAAUGCUGGAAUAGACUAGUCCAAAUUCUGUUAACCAGAGGAUUAUGCCAUUGCCGCCCACUAAUCAGGGAUAAUGCCAUUGCUACCCCUCUGAUCCCUAGAAUAAACCAGUCCAUGAUAAACCAGAGGGUUAAACCAUUGUCACCUCUCUGGAAUGGAUCUUUUGAAAUGUGGGAGGCAGGGUUGAACCUUUUAUGUUAAAUCAUCCAUACAGCCUCAUUCCACUGUUGUAACUGUGCCAGAUUUGAAGGAUGGGAUAUUUCUAAUAAAUUAAAAUUUCAGGAA